AUGGACGACAAUGAUCCUGCAAAGAGAAAACGAGGGCGCCCAAAAGGCUCGAAGAACAAGCCUGAUGCCAAGAAUGUUGGGCGACCCCGCAAGGAUGGCCGGCCGACCCAGCAACGGCGCGUGCACAUCUCCGGGAACGUUGUACCAGCAACUGGCUCGAGUCUGAGCCGUUCAGUGUCAAUAUCCGGAAGCAGAGCUAGCAGUGCCACCCACAGCAGUACUCCGGGUAGCAUGACUGUGGAUCCCACUUCACGGGAGGCCAUUUCCAUGCUGCAAGGUGUCCUCUCGCCGGCCGUGCCCACUGCGCUUGCCGCGCCCGCUAUGCCCACUGCGCUCGCUAUGCCCACCGCACUCGCUACGCCUGCCGUGCUCACCACGCCCGCCGCUCUCCCCACGCCCGCCAUUCUCACCACACCUGCCACCCUCUCCACACCUACCACACUUGCGACGCUCGCCACGUUUGCUGCUGGUAACCCCUCGAUUCCCGUUGAAAAUGGCACCAUUAGUAGCCCAUCAAUUGUCGCUGAAAAUGGUGCCGCCCGAAACCCACCGCUUCCCGCUGACAACGGUGCAGCUAGGGACCUGUCACUUCCCGUGGAAAAUCGCGCCGCUGAAAAUUCCGCAGAGGAACGGCAUCGCUUGCAGGACUCUCCAAAUCCCCCACAGACAGAUGGAUUCAAUUUCUCAUACCGCGUACCCGAAAUGAUGUCUGCAUCAAACUCACAUCAAGCAUCUGAAACGAUGCACACAUCACGCUCUGAAGACAGAACUGCAAUGACCGGGCUACGACGGCGGCCCUUGAGAAGCACUCGUGAUGGUGCAGACUGUAACUGCGAGCUAUUAGUUGACAAUCCCUAUGGAUCUGACCUGUCGGCCAAUGCCGACGAGUUCAUACGAGCGUCAGGUAACAGUGACGCGGACAAUGAGGACGAUGGUAAUGAUGACGAGAUGGAUAGGGAAUUUCAGCCUGUGGGCGAUGAUGAUGAGGACGACAGCGAAGGAGAUGCUGAGGGCGAGGCAACACUACCAACAAGCAGUAGCAAUGGUUCGAUGGGCAAGAAAAGCCGUUCCAGCAUGCCGUUAUGGCUUGCGGAUGAAUACAAGAAAGUACGGUCGAAGUUAGCAAAAGAGAUCAAAAGUACAACGGCAGGAAAAUCUACCAUUGGUCGACCGUCCUGCUAUUCUCUGGGAAGCUUCUACGAAGCUCCGUCCAACCUCUUCCUCCACACCCUAUCUCGAUUUCAAAUAGAUCCUGCAGCCUUCUAUCGUCCAAUCUUCUUCAUCUGGCUUCCUCACUGUCUGCUUGGAGAUCGCAUACCCUGUCCUUCAUGCCUUUCCGCAGGCCGCCUCACGCAACAGAACCAAACUAUCUUUUUGCAGUCACAUGGGUUCGUUGACAAGCCUCGGCGAGUUGUCGAUGUCGACCACUGCGAGUAUAUCAUAGGGCAUCGCUACCGCUGCGGGUCUUGUAGUCAUACAUAUCGCAGCUGGAGUCCAGCAAUUUUAGCAGUCCUGCCUAAGGCCCUUGCUGCACAGUUCACAUUCCAUCUCACCUAUCACAGUGGUCUUUCAAGCACUCUUGUUUCUUUGCUACGAGAGUCCUUUCGCUCGGGAAUGGGUGCUGAAGUCUUCGCACGAAUGAUACAAUCCCUGCAUUAUCACCGAUAUGACAAGCUUCAUUUGCAAUUCCUUGAAUUGAUUAAGGAUCGUAAAGAUGGCACACAAGGCAAUUUCUUCACGAAGGUUUCUCCAUUCAGUUUGUUCGGUGAUCGCAGCGGCUAUGCAGGUUUUGUCCCAACUGCAUCAUACUUUCGCCAGUUCUAUGAUUGCCUUAUCGAGUCAUGGGCCCCUGAGAUGGAGCAACGCAUAUCACUGUUGUCAGCUCGGGUUCUCUCUGUGGAUCAUAGCUUCAAGGUGACAAAACGAUUAGCACGCAUCAAUGGCACCCCUGUUUUUAGCGCACUUCAUUCCACGGUGAACGAGUAUGGGGAGAUACGAGCCAUGAUACUCACGCCCACCAAAGCACAUGAUCAGAUCAUGCCAAUUCUCUCCGAAAUUCCCAAUUCUCUGCAAGAGUUUGGACAUGAACCCACUGAGAGCAUCUAUACUGACAAUGUCCGUGCAGACAAGAGAGAGCUAGAACGGGCUUUUCCUUCUCUGCUUCAUAAUAUUACUCCAGUUCCUGUCUACUCAAACUUGGAAACUGUGGCUCUUCCUCCAAACUGGUCGGUGAUCCAUCUUACAAGCACACAUCAAGUAAACACGCGGUUCAAUGUGAUCAUGAACCAUCGGCUGAGUGGUAGCUCUGUGACAGUGGGCUUUGACAUGGAAUGGCCUGUCAACAUCUCUGCAGGAACUCGUGGACCUGUUGCACUGAUUCAGAUUGCGUAUCAAAAGUCGGUGUAUUUGAUUAAGACACUUCCCUAUGUUCAAGAUGGUGUCUUGCAUCUACCACAGUCACUCUUGACCUUUCUGCGCUCACCUCUAUACACAAAAGUCGGUGUGAACAUCUCUGCUGAUUUCAAGAAAUUACAGGCCGAUUGUGGCUUUUCUGCAGAAGAUACUCCAUUCAGUGGCCAAAUUGAACUAGGUGCAAUGGCAGUUGAACGACGAGUCGCAAGGCGUAAAAAUACCAGUCUAGUCGAUCUUGUAGCGACUCUCCUCCGUCGUUCACUUCCGAAGGAUGCUACUGUACGUGUCAGUCCCCAUUGGGGUGAUGCAGAGCUACACCCAGACUUCAUCAAAUAUGCCGCAUUGGAUGCAUACACGACGUGGGAGGUGUACUCACAUCUGAGUAAUAUGGGAGUUCCGCAAUUUGUCACCUCUGACACACCUGGAGGGACCCCUGCUACGUUGUUCUCGCCGGAUGGCAAAGAAGUUGCCUCAGGCAUCAUAACGCUGGAUCGUGUCAAUAAGCUCCAUGGCAUCGAGGUGACGAAAAGCCGGGUCACAUUGACUAUUUCCGCUAUCCAUGUGCCUGCAUACCUGCAUCCAGCCGCCCUCUGCCCCGGUCAGAAGGCAACUGCGCUCUCAGCACUGGGCGCACUUCCAUUCUCGAUUGUUGCAUAUGCCAGACAGGUUCGAACAUCAGAAUCCCUCGCACCCGGAAGAGAAGCACCUGCAAGUUCAAGUGUGCAAGGACAGCCUGCAUCGCAAGACUACUUAUUCACAACGACAGAGAUAACAAGGCAUGAUCCAGGCCCUGUAAUUGAGAGCAGUAUUUUGGAUGACCUGGAUGAUUCGGAGCAGCCAGAUACUGUUGACGGUGAUAUCAUGCCAUCGCAAACUGUCGAAGAGUCUGUCCGGGAUCCUGUGGCAGAGGCCGCCUUACGUGAACUGCUCCUUCAAUAUGAGGAUCCCGACAUAUCCAGCCAAGAUGCUGUUCGCUCACGAGUCCUAGGUGAUAUCUGGCACUUACAUGAUCAAUUUCCAAUCUCGCAGCAUCACGGCUUGCAUCGACCUUUCGCACGUGCAUUGAGUGCAGCGAUUUUCAUUCCGAAUGCCGAGGACAAGGUCGCGGUUGAAGCGAUACUCGGAAAACUGGGAGUUUCUUACAACUCCAAGAUUCUGUCAAAGCCACACUGGGUUUUGCAUAGGAUUCGGCGUCAUAUACCACCACCAGAGGUUUUGCUCCCUCGGGUCACUGCCGUAAUCAAGACGUAUGGACCGCUCAAAGAUUCAACGACAAACCUUCCAUUAUUCAACGAGAAGGCCUGGGAUAUUGCCAAAAAUGUCCUAGAGAACAUCCGUCAAGGAUAUUACUCGGACCCACCUGGGGUGCAACUGUAUUACAAAGUCGGAGUUGACAAAUGCGGCCUCAACCUGUACCGAUGUUGUCGUGGUACCAAUGAUGUCGAAGGUGGUGUCCAUCAAAAUCUGAUACGCCGCUUUACUUCGUUCAAUAUCUCACCCCGUCAUGCCGUAAAUUCACUCCUGGACUACGUUGUGACCCAUGACAUGCAGGUUGGGACAAUGAAUCGGUCAGGCAGUAGUUAUAUUGGCCAUUUUGACAUACCUCUGAAAAACCAGGUUGCGAGCAUGCUCGACAUCUUAUCGUCAAGUGAUGUCUUUGAUGCUGAUGUCAAAAGGUUGCGUGGCGGCUGGCUCAAUGGAAACGACUAUGCGCGUGUGAACGAGGUAUUCGGAAUUAUGCGUUUCGACAAUGCCACUCAAAUUCGACUGCAAAUGGAGGAUUCGGACACACCAUAUGCACGGGCGCAACCGCCUCGACAUCAUUACUUGAGCAAGCGUCAAGGAACACAGUUUGCAGUGCUCCCUGUCCAUACGCGAGAAGAGCGCGACCUGUUUCGGCUCUUUGUCGACUCGUUGCCACUGUUCAAGACGCCAGGUCAGCCGAAUUGGGAUGUCGCUGCUGCCGUGUGGUCAAAUCACGCAGAUGGGCGCAAAAUAUUCUACAAGCUCCCAGAACAUAUCAAGUCCUACUACAAGACCUGGAAUGAACACUGCAAUGAGAACAACUCCGUUGCACUGAAUAUUGCAGCCUGUGCCCGUAUCCGUGCCCUGGUGCAUCCUCAGCCGGGUAGUGCCCCAUCUAUUCCUGCAGCCACACCCCUCACACUCGAAGAUGCACUAAAAGCUUCACCCACAGUCAAUCACGAAGAUUACGAGCUCAACCCUUGGACAAUUGACAAGAUACUCGCUGAGCAUCGGACCUACCAGUCUGCUGUGCAAUAUCGCAGGAGCACGAACUACAAGAGCAUGAAGGGCAAAGACAGAGUCAACCAGAUCACGACACAGAUCUCGGGCAUGAAGAACGCGGCGCCGGGACGAUGUGAUAUGCGAGACAGGUGCUACGGCGGACGAAGACUUUCAAAGCACGAUGCGUGCGAGGACCAGAACAGCGACAGAGAGGUGGGAUGA